CAACGCAAGGUCAAUUUAUUUUAUUGACAGAUGUAUCACGUCGCUGCAUUAUCCAUGGAGUCGAUUAAUCAACAAAAAUUCGAACCGAUGUGUUCUUGUGUUGAAAUUCAACGUUGGUAUUAGUCGUAUAGAUUGAAAAUUGUAUUGAUAUAUGUCGUCGUAGUGGCGGCUAGGUAGUCACGCUUGUUGAUCUUUGUCGAUCACAAUGGCGGACAGUGCUAGUGAGUUGGAGAGCGACACAAGCUCCAUUGACGGGGGCCCUACGAUGAAACCACCGUCGCCAGCACAGAUGGAACAACUGCAAAAGAGAAUAGAAUCGCUAGGUCAGGAAAACAGAGUCUUGAAGAUGGAGUUGGAAACCUACAAGCUAAAAUGCAAAUCGUUACAAGAGGAAAAUCGUGAACUGAGAAAAGCAAGCGUGAACAUUCAAGCCAAAGCUGAACAAGAGGAGGAGUUUAUUAGCAACACGCUGCUGAAGAAGAUCCAGUCUCUGAAGAAGGAGAAGGAGACCCUGGCUAUGAACUAUGAACAGGAGGAAGAGUACCUCACUAACGAUCUGUCCAGAAAACUCAUGCAGUUGAGGCAGGAGAAGAUUGAGUUGGAGCAAACGCUGGAGAAGGAACAGGAAUACCAGAUCAACAAGCUGAUGAGGAAGAUUGAGAAACUGGAGGCAGACACAGUAUCUAAACAGCAGACCCUAGAACAGUUGCGUAGGGAGAAGGUGGAGUUGGAGAAUGCCCUUGAACAGGAACAAGAAUCAUUGGUCAAUCGUCUGUGGAAGAAGAUGGAUAAACUGGAGGCUGAGAAGCGGUUACUACAGGAAAAGUUGGACCAGCCUGUGUCGGCGCCACCGUCACCACGAGAUAUGAACAACGGUGACACAGCACAUAACCUGAUGCAGCACAUUGAGAAUCUCCGCGGGGAGACCAACAGACUGAAGAACCAGCUCCGGCAGGCCUUGUCAGAACAUGAGGAGAAGAUGGCUCAGCUGGAGCCCAGGAGGGAGCCACAUCCGGGGGAGAACCUGCGACUGCAGCGUCGUCUUCAGCUGGAGAUGGAGAGGAGGGAGAGUCUCUGCCGCCAUCUGUCAGAGAGCGAGUCCAGUCUUGAGAUGGAUGAUGAGAGGCACUUUAACGAGAUGAGCAAACAGCAUGAUAUGUCUGGUCACACAGUCCGUCCCCGUACAGUUUCUAGUCCAAUACCCUAUGCCUCCUCCAAUACCACAGCGAGACCACUGUCACCUGGUUUGACGUUCGUAGCUAAAAGUCCCCCAAGUCCGAUGAGACGCAGUUUGCCGGGUCAGCCUUUCCACCCUCCCUCACACCCACCUGGCCACGCCCCUGGUCAUCAGUCAGGCCAACACACUGGGUCGGUGGCAGCGGCACCUGCGACGGCCCCACCAGCGUUCCUCCCUGGCACAUCACCACCAGUGUUCAGCAGCAUGCCUAUGGUUAAUCCCAACAUCCAUAAACCCAGACCCAGCCCAGAAAAAUUUGCAAAACCAAGAGCAUUGCCGAGCGAGAAGAGCGACCAGACAUGAUAGUAAGCAUGGCGGUCAACAAGCGAUUCCACCGAUCAAACAAGCCAAACCCUUAUCCAAUCAACUGAGAGAGUGUUGUCUUGCGUUCUGAAGGUGCUACCUUGCCUUGAAUGUUGUUGGUCGGUGAUGGAGGUGGACUGACCGCUGCCAAUUUUCUUGUUAUAGCUGUCAACUAUGAAGUUGGAGGCUUGCUGUGGAUCUCUAUCAAGGCUUUGUGCCAAGUUAUCAAAGCUUAGCGGAAUGUUUUCUCAAUCCCCUGUUGUUGAAAAUGAUUGAGAUUUAGGUUUUGUUUUUAAAACAUUAGAAAACGAUGGAACAGAAAAUCAGUAUUUUCCCUUUCAAAAACAAAUACAAGGAAACAUUACAGAAUUCUUUUCGCAUUUAGAUUUCAGUUGUAUGUUGCGAUUUCAUUUCAAAUAUGUUGCGAUUCCGAAAAUUUCUCCUAUUUCUUUGAUCAUUGAUGGUCGAGAGAAACAAACUUGUUAUUUUUGUGCAGUGUUAUUUUCCUACCCCAUGUACACGAUUACCAUCUUGUUCAUCUUGAUCUUGUGAUAUAGAAUGAUGUGGGAGUUUGGGUUUUGUGUUCUCAGUCUUUAUUCUAAUGGAUACAACGUUCCAUAUAUGUAUGGGCAGAUCUUGUUAAGCGUACAUAUUUUGUAUUUUGAACAAUCCUAUCAUCCCUUCUGCCAUUCUAUCAGCCUUUGAAAAUCCACAAAUGCAUAAAGUUGAGUUGAGCCUACAUUUCCUAUGUUGUCGGUGUUAUGUGAGGCUUCGUGUAUUUAUUAUGGUAGCUCCACUGUUAUAUGUGACGAUCACAUAUCAAGCAUUGUUGAUUGUUUUCAGAUGUAAUGUAUUUGCUAUGGUGCCUCGCCAUCAGACUUUGUCAAGGCACAGGAAGUCAAAGAAAACCAUGUAUAUACAAACACAGAUAUAUCUAUGUUGUUCGUUCAGACAUCAUCUUAGAGAAGUGCCUCAUUUUUAAGUGCCCCUGGUCAGUCAGGGGCAGAAUAGCUUUUCCCCCGUACUUAUCAUAAAAUGUCCUUCAUACUUGUCAUAAAAGUGGAGAUUUGUUGGCCACAGUGGUCGGUGGAACUUGAUGGACCAUUUAUUGGUGACAACUUUCCUCUGCCACCUUGUUAAUUGAAGCUUGAUGUUUGCAAUGGUUUGCCUGGUCUGAAACUGGCUGAUUGUACGUGGCCAGGUUUGAUGCUUAGACAGGUUUGCUUGGUCCCAGACCAAGGAUCCUUUGUUGGCUGAAGUGAUACAGUUCAAUAUUUCUGACAUGGAAAACCUUCAUUUUAAUGUGUGAUUUCAAGAUAAAAGUAUUUUUCCUUUUCAUAAUGCAGUGUUGAUAUCCAAUGGUUUAGUGUUAUGUUUUGUAAAAAUGUGAAAAAAAACAUUACAUUUAAUUCUGUUUUACCUAUUUUGUGUACAAUUUUACAUGAUUCUUAGUUAUGAUUCUAUGUGAUUAAUUUGGUAAAGACAGAUGUGACCUGAGAAUAUAUUUGAUGAUCUUUAGUUUUCCAUUGGAUUGUAACGGUAUAAUAGUGUAUUAAGAUUAAGUGUGUUAUAUAUUUGAUGUUAAGAGUCCAAGAUCACAACUUUCUUGGUUUGUUUCCAAAGAAUUUUUACACUUCAUACAAAUGGCCAGGAACCAGUUGUUGGGAAGGGGAGAUAAGUGUGGGUGAUACUCACGAACAUUGUGAAAUGCUGAUGUUAUCAGUGUUCAUACAGGGCUUGUAAUGCAGAGCAAAAUAGCUUCAAGGUAUAUACUGUCACUUCCAGGGUCCCAUUUCAGAAAGCUAUCGUAGUGCUACGACUGUCGUAAGCCUAUGCUACAGUAUAGGAGGUCUGACAGUCUUAGUGCUACGAUAGCUUUGUGAAACGGGGCCCAGGUUCUUUUAUACACUGUUAAGACCUCGGUAGUGACAAUCUGUACCUUGAUGCAAGUUUUUUCCAUGUUGACCCUGUGAUUGUAUACACAAUGUUGUUUUGUCAUGCUAAGGCUUUUUGGUCGAUGGAUCCAUCGACAUGAUAAAUAGCUGUAUUAAUAUAUAACUGAAAUGAGGUUUCCGAUAUUUUUGACACCACUGACUCAAAUGGUACGAAGAAAAGGGGAAAAAUGUAUGCAAAAUUGCACUCACAUGAGUUUGUUUUGAAAAAAAGAUUCUUUGCAAACUGCAAAAUACAUAAUGAAAUGUUUAAGUCAGAGGGAGGAGAGAAAAUGACAACAUUCUUGUACCUUGGGACAAUGUUUUUUUCGACAACUGACAUUCCAAGAACAAAACAAAAUUCCAUAAAGCCAUUUCAACAAAUUAAUUGACUUUAGAUGUAGGUUUGGAAAUCAGUGUUCAUAGGAAUCUCAUGACUGAGCAUGUGUUUUGGUGAAAGAUGAAUAUGAUUUGUAUUGAAUUUAACGCUUUGGGUUGUAGGUACAUCUGUAAUGUAUGGCCUAGUUCUUUCUUUAUCAGUAUGGGAAGAGGUGUGUCCUGACGGUAGGGAGAAAUACAUCCAUUGUACCACUGAUCUUGCAGCUUUCCUCAUCAGACUAAUGAGUUAUGUAUAAAGAGAGUUCCUGAGAAAUGUUGUCGUGUUGAAAGACACAGUCAUCUCAAAACUUGCAUUCCUAUGAAACAGUGUUUAAGUAUUGUGUUUGCUACUAAUCCUGACACCAGAGUGGCUUAGGUUGUAGUUAGUAAGGCAUAGUUACCUCCCUUAGAUGCUAGGGCUGCUGCAAGGCGACAGCUGUAAAUAUUACUGAUACAGAGAGUGCCUGGUUGGAGAAUAUGCCUUGAUGCCUAGUAGUGCUCAAUGGCUUGCAUAACAAGGGGAAAGGGGAUAGUUAGUACUGAAUACUUCUUGAAGGUUGUAUGUUGACGCUGUAAUAGCCACAAGGUUGGAUACAUGUCUUCAUGUUAGCUGGAGCUGAAUACGUCUUGCAGGGUGUAUGUACCAGCUGUUUAAGCCUACAAGGUUGGGGACAUGUCAUCAUGUUGAAUCCUUCUUGUAGGGUGUAUGUACCAGCUAUUUAAGCCUACAAGGUUGGGGACAUGUCAUCAUGUUGAAUCCUUCUUGUAGG